UUAUUAGAGGCAGCGUCGCUGUAAUUCAAGACUCAGUUCCUUGAUUGUCCCAAAAUUUUGGCCGCAGCGGAAUGCGGUGCGACACUGCGUUGUUUCACGAGAGACAUCUGUAGGUGUGGCUCCCUGAUCUUCUCUUGGCGCCGACAUGGAUGACCUUCCUUUCCACAAGAUUGCAAUCUCUGGCCCUACCUUAGCCUCCGUCAUCCAACGUUUCUCCAACUCCCCCGGCGCCGUUGACGGCCUCCUCUUCGGCCACGUCACCUACGUCACCCCUUCCACACUCUCCGACGACUCCGCCUCGGAAUCCUCCACUCUUGUCGCCACCAUCACCGGUUUUCUCUGCUCCGGUACCAUCAAUAGCUUCUAUGACUCCACUGGUGCCGUCGAACUUCCCUCACUUCGCCGCCUUCUUAGCGACCCAGUCCUCGACCACCACCCCUCCCUCAUCGGUUGGUUCUCUGGUCGCCGGAAGACCCAUAUCCGCCCAUCAAUGCGGGAAUUCGCCGUCACCGCCUCUCUUUCUUCCAUGACGCAGUUUUCUUUUCCUGUCAAGAAUGCUCCAGGAUCUCCCAAUUUUAACCCUUGUGUGUUUUUACUAUUGGCAUCGCCUUUAUCGGACCAAUCCAUCCAUACUCAUGAGUACCGCGCUUACCAAUUUCGCAGAGUUACCGAGUCUUUCCACCCUAUAUCGAUGGAUAUUGUUAACAUUGGGCCUGCUUUUCGCGGGCAUUAUGGUUCGUUUAGCCCUAAUGCUCCCUUCCCAUCAUUGGCUUGCGAUUUUCGGAACUCGCCUAUGAAUGAGGACUGGGAUGAGAGGAGUUUGAAUCAAAUGAAGAAGGUUUCUAAGGAUCAGAGAGAGAUGGAUGCGUGUGCUGGGGGGUUUGAUGUUCGGAGCUUGAGUCGGUUGGUGGGGCCAGAAGCAACGAGUUAUACGUCUGGCCUGGAGGAUUUGUAUGAGAAAAUGCUCGUUAAAAUUGAAAAUUUGGCCAGACAAGUAGAAAGCAGUUCUGCUAAGGUUCUUGAGCAGGAAAACCAUAAUAGGAGGUUGAGAUACAAAAUUUUGAAGUCUGCUGUCCCAGAAUAACCGUCUAUAUCAUUUCUGCCGACCAUUUCUUUUUGUACCAGCAGAGAAUACAAACCAUAAACAACAGACCUCUUUGCUUGACACGGGUCAUUGACGGUUUCUUCUGGAAUCCACUUGAAAACAUGUGUGACUGAGUACUUUUUUGUGGAAAUGUGGCAUUUGCAGUUCGGGCAUUGUUGAUGAUGUUGUAUUUUAAAUCUUUGGGGACUCGUUAGGCUGAAACGGGUAAUAGCAAUUGUGCAGGGCAGUCGAAUUAUAUUCAUGUAAUUUGCUGCCAUCUAUGUUUUGUAUUGCCUUGUAUUCCCAGCGUUUCCUUUCACCCAUGUUAAAUGAAUACCGCUUCAGCUUUAGUUGAAAUUUGAUGUAUUUGCCUUCGUAAGGUUGCUUUAUAGGAGAGAAAUGCUACAUAUUGAUAACAUUUAAGCCCAUAUUGCUACAGUAUGCGUGCCAGCACUUGCGGGAGUCGCAAAGUAGUAAUUGAAUUUGAAAUAUACGAUGUUUCGGAUAUGCCUAACUUCAGGCAUCAUCUUUUCAUGCA